AUGGCAAUUCAGAUAAGAGACGCAACAGAAGAAGACAUGCCCGCCGUGGCACGGCUUGCAGGCGUCACGUUCCACCCGACAACCGAUUGGAUCACUCGCCAAGUCUUUCCUCUGCAUCUGCAGCCGAAGAAUAUCCCCGAUGGCGACGCAUCUCUACCCUGGCGCCAGCUAAGAAAGACUGCGAGCUUCAAUACAUCAAAUUGCACGAUUAAAUUAGCCAUAGAUACCGCCUUGAACGACCAAAUUGUUGGCUUCGCUGUGUGGGAGCAGCCAGUCGAAGAUGAGAAGCCCCCAAUUGCGCCUGCAGACCCAGAGCUGCCUUCAGAUGUAACGGACAUGAAGAUUUUUGAGGAGCUCAAGUCAAUCUUGAAAGAGGACCAUAAAGCCAGCUUUGGCGAUAGAGGACUGAAAGACGUGUGGCAUCUUGACAUGAUUGCGGUUGACCCACCUCACCAGCGGAGGGGAAUUGGUAAGGCGCUCUUAACAUGGGGCAUGCGGCAAGCCACCAAGGCCGGCAGGGAUUGCUACCUCAUGGCAACGCCACAGGGGCGACCGCUCUAUGAAGCGUUUGGUUGGGAGAUUGUACGACCGUUGAACAUGUUUGGAGUAAUGCAUCACUCGAUGAUAUAUCGAGCGAACAAAGAAGCACUUUUAUGAGGCAUGAAUUAUGAGAGAAGCCGCAGCUACAUAUGGAAUUUACUGCUCAUCGCUUACGACACAUGAUGAUAUAGAAAAGAACGAGGGGGUUUUAUAGAAAAGGAAUUGAGAAUAAUGACA